UUUUUUUUUAUUUUAUCUCCUUCAUUAUUAUAAAACUAUUUUAAAAAUUAGUAAUCAUUAGUUGUUACCAAAUUUGGCUGUGAAAAUUUAUUUGUUAUUUUACAUGUAAAUAUUUACUUGUUAAAGCUUCGCUAAAUGUCACAAGCUAAGCAAAAUUACGCUUAGGUGGCUACGCUGGCCGCUAAUUAGAAAGACCUGUUUGACAGCUCAACCAUGUCUGACUAAGCCGGAAUUUCCCAUUGUGAAUAUAAGCUCUGGCCGUGAAUUACUUAUCAACGAUUCAAUUCAAUUCAAUUCUGUGCUGUGCUGUGUUGUGUUUUGUUGUGUACAAGUUUCAUAUCAAUGAUAAGUUCAAGGUUUCUCAUCCUUGUAAUUUGCAUGCAAGGAUGCAUUUUUACAAAAACUAACGCCGAUGGCUUGUCAACUGCUGGUACGACAUCGCCUGCCAAUACAGUUAAUGAAACGCCAAUAAAUCGCGCAACUAGUGCAACAACGGGCGAUUUGGUAGCACACAGUGCUCUAAAUUUUGCACACAAUAUCGCUGUGCUACUAAAUGAGGAUAUGCAUUAUGGCAAGACUACAAUUUUCUCACCCAUAAGCAUAAUGUCUUCUAUGGUCAUGUUGCUGUUGGGUUCAAAAGGCAGGAGUUAUGAAGAUUUAAGGCACAUCUUUCGCUUGGAUGUGCCGCCGCUGAGCGAUGCAUUAACGAACGCAUUUCAUUUGGAGUUUGGUGCUAUGUUGCAGGAAAUGCAAGACAAUGCGAUAACACUGCAGUCAAGAAAUCGCGAUAAUUGGCGUAACACGAAUGUGGCCUAUAGCAUACGAAAUAAACCGAUAAUAAGCGCGGAAAAUGCAAUUAAAAUGAGUAAUGUGAUAAAAAUCGUAAACGGCUUGUUUAUUAAAAGUGGUUUUGAAUUGAAUGCGAGCUACCGAGAUGUUAUCAAUUCGAUUUACAAGAGUGACAUUAUACCGUUGGAUUUCAAAUUAACGCACGCGCGUGAUUACAUCAACGAUUGGGUUUACAAAAAUACUUUCGGCAAAAUCACCGGUAUCAUAGCGGACAGCAUACCAGCCGAUACUAAUGCCAUAAUCACAAGCGCUUUGUAUUUCCGUGGCUUUUGGGAGAUUCCCUUCAUACAGAGUGCCACCAUAAUUGAUAAUUUCUAUCCGGAUGGUCUGCACGAGCCACCGAUCAAAAUCAAAAUGAUGGCCACAGCCGGCGCCUACCCUUACUAUUUUUCACCGGAGUAUGAUUGCAAAAUAAUUGGACUGCCAUAUGUAAAUAACUUCACCAGCAUGUAUAUAAUACAGCCGUCCAACUCGAGUCGCAAUGUUUUGCGUAGGCUUCUUAAGACGCUGAGCGCUGAGAAAAUCGAAAAUAUGAUUUCAAAAAUGAUCUAUCAAAAUGCCAUCUUUGCUUUGCCGAAAAUGCAUUUCUCACAGGAUAUCAAUAUGAAACAUGUUUUGCGUGCGCUCGGUCUGCGUGAUAUACUCGCGAGCGGUGAACGUUUUAGUGCAGCAGAUUUGAGUGAUUUGAAUGAAAGAACCUGGUCGCGUGGAAACCGUAACGUCGUCUUUCCAACAGAUGGUACACCGACAACUCAGCGUUUUCCACAAAGUUUCCCUCCCACCACAGGGCAACAAAAUGCACCUGUCAACACGGAGCAACUUUUGCAACAGUGGAGCUUUAAACGCAAUGUAAGCAAUAAUUUGCUGUCCGAUCUUUAUGUGGGCGAUAUUGUGCAUAAGGUCGAUUUUGUGGUGGAUGAGAAUGGCACAGAGGGUGCCGCCGCAACGGCGACUUACCUCAAACGCUCGGGUGGCAAUGUGCUCUUCCGCGCGGAUACACCGUUUUUGUUGCUGGUGCGUCAUGAUGCCACCAAAUUGCCGUUAUUCUAUGGUGUCAUCAAUAUACCAGCGCCGAAUUUUAUUUGAAAAAUUUUUAAGCGCAAAUAAAUUUAUUAAAAUAUAUCUUUAUAUACAUAUAUUUCCUAAAUAUGUAAAAAUAUAUACAUACAUAUAUAGCUAUAUAUUUUUAUAAAAUUAAUAUGUAUAAGUGAUAUCAUAUAUUUCAACUAAUGCUGCCUUUUCUAGUAAGAGUGAACAAAUUUAAUUUUACUAAUGUUUUAUAAGAAAAAUCUGCAUAAGUGUGCAAGUAAAAAAUUGAACAAAAAAGCUAAAGUGCAAAAAAGUUUUUAAAACAUUUUAUUAUUAAGUUAAAAAUAUUCAAAAAUAUUCAAAAAAAGUUUUUAAAACAUUUCAUUAUUAAGAAAAAAUAUUUUAAACUAAGAAAAAAAAAUAUUAAAAAUAUUGUGCUGCAAACUAUUAUAAAAUAUUAUAUAUUUUAAGUGAUAUAUACAAAAGUACAUAAUUUACAACAAAUUUUUAUCGCUUAUUUCCUAAAUCUGUGUGUAUUUUGUAUGUAUGUUACUAUAUUAUUAUUUUUACGCAUUUGUACUUGGUGACUCACAUAUGUAUAUGGUGCACAACAACACACAAAUAUGUGUGUAUGUAUGUAGUUACUAAGCAAAUAAAGUUUAAUUUACAACUUUCAUUCAUAAAAAAAAUUUGAAGUUUACAUUUUUUAGGCUAUUUACAAUAUUACAAAUUUGUGUAUUUUACGUUGUAUAUACACAUAUAUGUACGUAAAUAUGUAAUAAAUCUGAGUUUGUUAAGCAAAACAGCAGUUUGCACUGCUCACAGAUUGCCGCAAAUCAGUAAACAAUUGUAAAAAAAAAAAAUUGGAAAGGUCAUAAAAAAAAGUAACAGCACAAUUGCCAUAUAAAUAUGUACAUGCAGACAUACAGUAAACACAAUACAAAUUUAAAUAAAUGAUUUUAUUGACAGUCACCGUAACAAGCGCAUGACAUAAUCACAAAAAAUCCCAAGUACCAAAAUAUUUGACGUUCUCUAUAUAUCUGAGUCAAGUUGUUGUAAUUUCCUUGUUCGGACUAAAUAUUCCGCAGCUUAUUGCUAAAUUUUAUAACCUAUAAACACUUUGUUCCAUCGAAAUCACGAGAUUUACUCAUAAAAACUAAUUUGUGGAUUGUAAAUUACCUGUAAAGCCGACUGAUUCACUUUUCAAAUAAAUAUUUUCGCUUCUUUGUGACUAUAUUAAA